UCGAGCGGUGCAGUGUACGCUACUCAGUAACUCAGUUACUGUCGGGAGCUCGCGCCGGUCGGUCCGUGGUUACGCGCGUAGCCGCACAGGCGAUAUGCUACGCGGUACGCGGCCGUAACGCGAUUUUCGGCGUAGCAGUGACUUCUGACUAGUGCAUACGGAACCGAUCGCUGAGUAUAAAUGUUUUGAGUGUUAUCGACACUGUGUGUUUGUCAAAGCAUUGGAAAUAAGGGAGUAGCCGGAUACUAAUAUUAAUUAUGACCAGGAAUUGGACUAUAAGAGGUGUGCGUCAAAUGUAAAUCUUUCGAUUUCGAUAUGUGGUUCGCAAGUAGUGGGUUGGACAUGCAGGCGAGUGGCGCGCCGGCGUCCCAGCGAGCACCGGCGCUGGCGACUUGAUGUGUGACCGCGCCCUGUUUCCCUACGCUUGUAAAAUGGGAUCACGACUCGCCGCAGUGAUACUGUGGCUAGGUGGAAGUGUGCUAGGCUUGCGCGACAUUCAGCUGAGCGUUCCGGAGGCAGUAGGGGUGGGCUCGAGUGCCACCCUCGGCUGCCGCUGGGCUCUGGACACGGGGGAGGCUCUCUACACUGUCAAAUGGUAUCAUGGCGCUCAAGAGUUCUUUCGAUUCGUGCCUAAGGAGCUGCCAAACACCAGAGUUUUUUCUCAGACAGGAAUCAGCGUUGACGUUUCUCGUUCCGGAGCGCAGCAGGUGGUGUUGCGCGGCGCGACGCGAGGCCUCAGCGGCCGCUACCGCUGCGAGGUGUCCGCCGACGCGCCCUUCUUCCACACCGUUUACAAGAGCGCUUACAUGAGGGUUGUAGAGUAG